GGGGGGCGGAGGGCCGUCGUGGCGUCGGGCCCCGGGUCGAGCUGAGGGUUGGGGCUCCGAGGCUGAGGCGCCCGCGGCCGUGGGCUAGUGUCCGUGUGGCCUGGUCCGGGCCAUGUCCGCUUGAGGACGCCGCCUCCGCCCGCGUCCCGGCCCCGGCCCGGCCCGCCGCGCACCAUGGGCUCCAUUCUGAGCCGCCGCAUCGCGGGCGUGGAGGACAUCGACAUCCAGGCGAACUCGGCCUAUCGCUACCCCCCGAAGUCCGGAAACUACUUUGCCUCGCACUUUUUCAUGGGAGGUGAGAAAUUCGACACCCCCCACCCUGAAGGUUACCUCUUUGGAGAAAACAUGGAUCUGAACUUCCUGGGCAACCGCCCGGUCCAGUUUCCUUACGUCACCCCCGCCCCCCACGAGCCAGUGAAGACACUGAGGAGCCUGGUGAACAUCCGGAAAGACUCCCUCCGGCUGGUGAGGUACAAAGACGGUGCCGACAGCCCCUCCGAGGACAGCGAGAAGCCGCGUGUCCUCUACAGCCUGGAGUUCACCUUCGAUGCCGACGCCCGGGUGGCCAUCACCAUCUACUGCCAGGCAGUGGAGGAGUUCCUGAACGGGACGGCGGUGUACAGCCCCAGGAGCCCCAGCCUGCAGUCCGAGACCGUGCACUACAAGAGAGGGGUGAGCCAGCACUUCUCCCUGCCCUCCUUCAAGGUCGACUUCUCCGAGUGGAAGGACGAUGAGUUGAAUUUUGACCUGGACCGGGGCGUGUUUCCAGUGGUCAUCCAGGCCGUGGUGGAUGAAGGAGAUGUUGUGGAGGUGACCGGCCAUGCCCACGUCCUCUUGGCUGCCUUUGAAAAGCACGUGGACGGCAGCUUCUCUGUGAAGCCUUUAAAGCAGAAGCAAAUUGUGGACCGGGUCAGCUACCUGCUGCAGGAGAUCUACGGCAUAGAGAAUAAGAACAACCAGGAGACCAAGCCGGCGGACGAGGAGAACAGCGACAACAGCAACGAGUGUGUGGUGUGCCUGUCGGACCUGCGGGACACGCUGAUCCUGCCCUGCCGGCACCUGUGCCUGUGCAACUCCUGCGCCGACACGCUGCGCUACCAGGCCAGCAACUGCCCCAUCUGCCGGCUGCCUUUCCGGGCCCUCCUGCAGAUCCGGGCGGUGAGGAAGAAGCCAGGAGCCCUGUCCCCAGUGUCCUUCAGCCCUGUUCUGGCCCAGAGCAUGGACCACGAUGAGCAUUCAGUAAGUGCCUUUUUCUUCUGCGUUGGGGGGUGUGCAGGAGAGAGAGGAGGGGUCUGGACGAAGCCCCCGCCCGCUUGCAGAGCUCCACAGGCGUCCAGAGGCCCUCUGCGCUUUGUGUUAGCGGCUGCUCGUUCCCGGUGGGGCCUUGUUGGUCAUGAGACCCUGACAGUGUGGCUGGAAGGAAGCGCGGCGCCAGGCUGUCUACCUCUCUCUGUCUUCUGGCUCUCUGGGCCUCUGUUUGCAUCUACCUGGAGGGCCAGGCAUGGCGCCCACAAGUUGGGGUGAGGCUGUACAGGGUGAUCCAGGCCGGGCUCUGGGGCGUGUUGCUGUUUGCCAAGAGCAAGGCCGUCCGCCGGCAGGUGGCCUUGGGGCGUCUGUCACCAUCGUUCUCCUGAGCCGUGGGCUGUUCUGCGGGUCCUGGGGAAGUGAGGUCUCGUCCAGACGAUGGCUGCAGCACGUCUUCCACGCAUUCCCUGCCCACUGAAGGGGGGUGCCCAGCCUGGGCACACAGGUGGGCGCCUUAGCAGCCAUCCACCUCACUUCCGGGAGAGCGUAAGGUAGACCUUGCUGCUAGCAGAUGAGGGAAGUCGGAGUCAGGCUUGGAGAGAGAGAUGGCUCUCUGGCUCGAGAUAGGCAGUAGACAGAGACAUAGAGACACAGAAAGAUAGGCAGAGACCGAGAAAGGCAUGCAGAGAGAUGGCAGAAUCAGAAUCACAGAGACAUGAGAGAGACACCAAGAGAGCUGAAGAAACACAGCAGUAAGGGUAGAAAGGUAGGUACUGAGAGGGGCAGAGAGGCACAUCAGAGACAGGAGUGGGGCAGGAAGGGG